UUUGGAAAAUGUCACGAUAUCACAGGCCAGGCACUGUCAAACCAGAAGAACGGUCAGAACCCCAAGAGCCUAGGAAAAGGGGUGAGGGUGACUCCCAGCACUGCACCCACCCCAGUGAAAAUGCCCGGAGCCUCGUCUCUGGCACCCAGGCCUGGUUCUUUUUCCUUUUCUUUUCAAGAGAGCCUUGCAGGUUAAGUCUUAGGAGCUCCUGAAGUUACGAGGGUUUUAUCCCAAAUGGACCGUGGUUUGUUCAUUUGUUCAUUCACUCAGCAGACGUUUAUGGAGCAGCCGUGUGCCAGGCUCUGUGCUAUUGCAGGAGGUGAGGGGUGGGUAGAAGUGGAAGCUAUGGUCUUUUUUGAGCGUCCACCGUGGCCGGCACUGUGCUUGGUGCUGGGGAUCUGGUGGGACCAGCAGGUACAUUGUGGGCUCAGCCCAGAGCAUCUGUGACCUGGGGUGACCUGGAAGGAGGUGGCCACGGGGCAAGGAAGUGGCCUUGAGCUCAGGGGCAGGUGCCUCGGAGUUAACUCUGCUGCUGAGAGCUGAACCCUUGGCAGGGAAGCUGCCCCCCGGCCCUGGAACAAGGCCUCCCUGAGGAGCUCGCUGGCCCCAGCUUGCCCUGGGGAUGCUGUGGGGAGGGGGCUCCAGGACCAGCAGAGAGAGGGCAGAGCCCAUCCUCCCGCCUCAGGAUGGAGCCACGCGUUCACGGGCCUGCAGAUGUGGGGCAGGAGUCUGCCCACGAGGAGACCGGAAGCUGGAAGGCAGGUGGGAGCCAGGCAGGCUGGGUGCAGACACCUGGGCUGCAUGCGAGGCCUGCUGUGAUUCAGGUGGUCAUGGCAGCAGGGUCCAGGGGGAGCAGAGGUGGGGCCGCUGCCUGCAGCUGACCGGCCAUUGCAUAGGGGGAGGAUGAGGCAGUCAAAAGUCAACUGCCAGAAAAGAACGGGAACAAACCUUUCCUUCAAGAAUUAAUUCAGAAAUCAUUAAUGGCCUGAGAGAGGGCUGGUAAUCACGGCAACAGAUGUCAACCCUCGGUGGCCUGUGCUGCCCCUGGGCUCAGUUUACAGGUGUCAGGGUAUUCCGCAGUUGCCGUUAUUUACUCAGUUUGGGUGUUCUGGGUGGUAGCUGGGGCCAAACAAAGCUGGGGGAUGAUAUAAGACACCUGGCCGGCCCCGGUGCCAUGGCAACGGGCAGGCCUUCACCUGCCCUCUGCUGAUACCGUUUCAGUCCGGCUCGCUCUAUUUGUUCUCCGCCCAGAGCAAAGCCGGGGCAGGGCAGAGGGCCAGCCGGCUCGCAGCCAUCUUGACCAGGUCCGGGGGCAGGCAGCGCCUGGGCUCCCCAGAGGAGAUGUGGGGACAGGUGGCUUGCUGGGAGGCGGCUGAUCUAGUGGACAGGUCAUUAGGGUCCCCUGCCCUGGGGCCGGGGACCUCUCAGUGGGGCAGGGGCCGGGGGCCAGCCUACUGUUGACCCGUGCGUGCAGGCUGGAGGCGAGAGCCAGGCUUUGGACAGCCAGGGGGCCUGGGACUUUCUGGGGCUGGGGUGAGAGGCCGCUAGAAGCCCUCCUCACGGGAACACCACCACAGGGGACGCGCCCUUUCCCCAGAAGCCAUUUGCCUGGUUGGCCACGAAGGCCCGUGCCCAGAACAGUGCCCGACACGCAGGGGGGGCCAUGAGCACUGGCCGGCGGGGGAGGCUCACGGCCGAGCGGGGCUGUGUCCACAGGCUGCAAGUACAACCAGGUGAACAGCCACUUCCACUGCAUCCGGGAGGGCUGCCAGUUCUCCUUCCUCCUCAAGCACCAGAUGACCUCCCACGCCCGGAAGCACAUGAGGAGGAUGCUGGGGAAGAACUUCGAUCGCGUGCCCUCCUCCCAGGGCCCCCCGAGCUUGAUGGACACCGAGACGGACGAGUACAUGGAUUAUACUGGCUGCAGCCCGGGCGCCAUGUCCUCUGAGUCCUCCACCAUGGACCGAAGCUGCUCCAGCACCCCUGUGGGCAACGAGAGCACCGCAGCAGGCUGCCCGGCUCCUCCUCCUCCUCCUCCUCCUCCUGCUGCUGCUGGUGACGAGGCUGCCCGCGUGGCUCCGCAGCCCCCACUGACCCCAUCCUUCUCUCCGGCCGUGCUCCGGGCGCCCCUCCCCUCCCUCCCAUGCCUCUUUUCUCCACCCUGUCUCUCAUACUCUCUGCUCAGUGCCGCUCUCGGAGCCACCCGGGGCCCGGCCCACCCCAUCAGCAGCCCGCCCAGCUUCCCGCCCGUCACUGCCUCUCCAACUCCAGUAAAAAGUGACGCCCCCCUAGUUCAGGACGCCGCAGGGAACACCAUCUCCAUGCCGACAGCCUCCGGGGCCAAAAAGCGCUUCUGGAUCAUUGAGGACAUGUCGCCGUUCGGCAAGCGGCGCAAGACGGCCUCCUCGCGCAAGAUGCUGGAUGAGGGCAUGAUGCUGGAGGGCUUCCGGCGCUUCGACCUCUACGAGGACUGCAAGGACGUGGCCUGCCAGUUCUCGCUCAAGGUCACCCACUACCACUGCACGCGCGAGAACUGCGGCUACAAGUUCUGCGGACGCACGCACAUGUACAAGCACGCGCAGCACCACGACCGCGUGGACAACCUCGUGCUGGACGACUUCAAGCGCUUCAAGGCCUCGCUCAGCUGCCACUUCGCCGACUGCCCUUUCUCGGGCACCAGCACGCACUUCCACUGCCUGCGCUGCCGCUUCCGCUGCACCGACAGCACCAAGGUCACGGCGCACCGGAAGCACCACGGCAAGCAGGACGUGAUCAGCGCGGCGGGCUUCUGCCAGUUCAGCUCGAGCGCCGACUGCGCCGUGCCCGACUGCAAGUACAAGCUCAAGUGCUCGCACUUCCACUGCACCUACCCCGGCUGCCGCCACACGGUCGUGGGCAUGUCGCAGAUGGACUCGCACAAGCGCAAGCACGAGAAGCAGGAGCGCGGCGAGCCGCCCGCCGCCGCCGCCUCCCCCGGCGCCGAGGGCCCCGCGCCCGGCCCGGCCGCCAGCCUGGGCUGCGCGCCCCCGCCCGGCGCCGCGCCCGCCGCGGCCCCGCUCCUCCUCCUGGACUGCGCGCCCCCGCCCGGCGCCGAGCCCGCCGCGGCCCUGCUCUUCCUGCCCGGCCCGGGGCGGGGGCCGGACGACGCGGGCGACCCCCGCCCGCCCGACGCCCCCGGGCCCCGCGCCGGUCCCGCCGCGCCCGGCCCCGCGCCCGGCGAGUCGUCGCAGGAGGACGACGAGGAGGAGCUGGAGCUGAACGAGGAGGAGGCGGACGACGACGAGGACGACGACGACGAGGACGACGACGACGACGACGAGGACGACGACGACGACGAGGACCUGCGCACCGACUCGGAGGAGUCGCUCUCCGAGGCGGCGGCGGCGGGGCCGGGGGCGCGGAGCCUGGAGCUGGCGGCCCUCGGCGCCCCCGCGCCCCCCGGCCCCGCGCCUGCCGCCGCCGCCUCCCCGUAG